CAUCGCUGGGGGGUUCUCCUGACGCCAUGGCCUUGGAUGCCUGCGGAGUGCCCAGCCGCAGCUUCCAUCCAGCCGCAUCCAGGGAGUUCUCGACACGGCUGGGUUGUCGCAGAGAGCCGGUGGCUGUCCCCACAUGGAACCGCUUCAGAGCCACAGGAGUUACGGAUGCACCAGCAAUGGGCCUCAUUGGUGCUUGCUGGGCAUGGCGCAGGCGUGGGUUGGACCGUCUUAAACGACGGGCAGCGGUCCAAGAGCUUUCAGGCGUCAUCAAUUGGACUGGAAGCAGCAGGCUGACAAAGGAAGACGACCCGGAGAUCUAUCUGAUCCAGGGACUCUUCGAAGCUUCCCAGUUGGAGGAGCUCGUUGCGCUCUGCGAGCAGCGCCAAGGCUUUGCGCCCAGCGUGCAACGCCAAGCCUCUGGGGAUGUCAUCGUGAAUCAGCACCGAACAUCGAGCUCCUGCCCCAUGCUGUGGCCACUGAUGACACCUAAAGAUAGGCUUGAACAGCUCCGCAGCAUGGGCGGCAAUGAGGCGAAACUGGCCUCGCAGAUAGAGAAGGAGCUGCAAGCAGUGGAAGCCGUACAGAGGAGAUGUGCUGAGGUCAUUGGUGUGGACGAGAAUAGGAUUGAGCCCUUGCAGUUGGUGAAGUAUUUGCCGGGACAGUACUACAGCCCGCACAUGGACACGCAUGAAGAGCCAGAGCGGAAGUCUUCCUACUCAGGCGAGCAGAGGACACAUACCAUGCUGGUCUUCCUGAGCGAAGUCGCGGAGGAGGACGGUGGAGGUCACCUCCACUUUCCUCGUUUGGGUAUCAGCGUCUUGCCCCGUGUGGGCGAUGCCGUUCUGUGGCGGAACCUGACGGAUGAUGGAGAGCCUGACCUGUCACUGGGACGCGCACCGGGUGGGAUCCCUUCAGCACUGCAACUGCGACGUGGAAACCCGGAAAGCCUCCCCUGACCCCAGCCCAAGGAGGGUGCUUCAUGAAGGGGUUGCGCCAAAACAAUGUCAGAAACUGGCCAUGAAUGUCUGGGUGGCAGAUCGGCCCUUCUCGUUGAAUGCGAUUUCAGCAUGGCAGCAGAAGCAAGCGCAGCCUGAGCCUUCGUCCUCUUCGGGCUCCCAAUUUCUAGAUUGAACCAAGCUCUCGGUGAAAAGAUUGGGCAGCUGACGUCGCGUCAAUCCACCGGGUUUGAUAUCCUGGCCUUGCUACUUGAAUGUCAUCCUGAU